AUCAGUGUUGUAUUGGCCAAAAGAACCCCGCUUUGUCACUGUCUCACACACACUCCCUCUUCUUCACACUCAAAAAAAAAGAAACACAGCCCCCAAAUCCAGCAACACCAUAAAAUUUUCAUCAUGACGGAGGUAAUUUCUCUCAUGGACAUUGACGACGACAACAACAACAAGCCCAACAACAAGGGCAAAAACGUCGUCGUCCCUGGCGAAUCCAAAGCCACUCCCUGGGUCGAGAAGUACCGCCCUCAGUCCCUCGCUGACGUGGCUGCUCACCGCGACAUUGUCGAUACCAUUGAUAGGCUGACGAGCGAGAACAGAUUGCCCCAUCUUCUAUUGUAUGGACCACCUGGCACUGGUAAAACUUCGACUAUCCUUGCUGUGGCGCGCAAGCUUUAUGGAGCGCAAUUCCACAAUAUGAUUCUGGAGCUCAAUGCAUCGGACGAUAGGGGAAUUGAUGUUGUGCGACAACAAAUCCAAGAUUUUGCAAGCACUCAAAGCUUCUCAUUUGGUGCAAAGGCAUCUGUAAAGUUGAUCUUACUAGAUGAGGCUGAUGCUAUGACGAAGGAUGCACAAUUUGCCUUGCGUAGAGUGAUUGAAAAAUACACAAGGAACACUAGGUUUGCUCUUAUUUGCAAUCAUGUCAACAAGAUUAUCCCCGCACUACAGUCAAGAUGUACUCGGUUUCGUUUUGCUCCUCUUGAUUCUUUUCAUGUAACUGAGCGACUCAAACAUGUUAUAGAAGCUGAAAAGCUUGAUGUACCCGAAACUGGCUUAGCGGCACUCGUGCGACUUAGCAACGGUGAUAUGAGAAAGGCUCUGAAUAUUUUGCAGUCAACACAUAUGGCUUCUCAGCAGAUAACAGAAGAAGCUGUAUACCUGUGCACUGGAAAUCCAUUGCCCAAAGACAUUGAGCAGAUAUCAUACUGGCUUUUGAAUGAAUCUUUUACUGAGAGCUUCAAACGAAUAUCUGAAAUGAAGACAAGGAAAGGAUUGGCCUUGGUAGAUAUUGUGAGAGAGGUGACAAUGUUUGUUUUCAAGAUCAAAAUGCCAUCAGAUAUUCGAGUUCAGUUAAUUAAUGAUAUGGCUGAUAUAGAGUACAGGUUGAGUCUUGCAUGCAAUGAUAGGUUGCAACUUGGAUCGCUUAUUGCUUCUUUUACACGAGCUCGCUCUGCACUGGUUGCUGCUGCAAAUUAAUUAUGUUUUGAUCUUAUUAGGAGGUGUUGCUUUCCCAUACCAUUUCACUUUUGAGGCAUAUGGUUGUUUCAUCUCUGUGGGGGCCAAAGUUGACAGAAUCUCAAGUUGUUCAGUAUGAUUUUUUGACUCUAGAAUGGGAUGUGCUCACUUAUGUAGUCUGCAACACUUCAGUAAGAAUGUAAAGGUGUAAGUUUGCCAUUGUGCAUGACAGUCAAGAUUUCCCUCUCAACUGUUACGUGGGGGAUCUCAGCAUGUACUAUUUGAUGUAUGUCCAUUUGAGGUGCAUGAUAAUUGCUUUGCUC